ACAGUCGUUUGGUCGCCGGCGAGCAACACGGUUUACAAUCGCGUCCAGAAAACAGCUGGUACCAGCUGGUCGCGUUCAGCGUUUGCCAAUCCUCGAGGACCACCUCGUAAGGACCGGUCCCAAUCUGCGGGACAAAAACACGGAUCCCGAAGAACGUCUUUGCGCGAGUGAGAGUGAUAUAUCCGCGCUGCUUCCUGGUCUUUCACAGACACGAUAAGUCAGUGAAUCGAGCUCGGUGUAUUGCGCGAGUGCAGAAGACAGUCAAAGAAACAAAUCCAAAGAAACAGGAUUCAUUGCAUCCUUAAAGUUCAAAAGUCACAACCAAUCUUGGUUCACAUCCUCGAGAAUCAGAAAUCCCUAAAGGGAAUGAAAAUCUCUAAAGUUUUAAAGGGAAUGAAAAUCCUAAUAACUUAGAUCUUCAAUUGACAUUGCUAAGGGUUCGAGAGGGGUCAGAAUCCAGCGUGUUCCAAGGGUUCAAAGGAGAACAUACGCGAUUCUACGGCUCGAGCACCCGCGCGCCAGAAUCCACCAGGUUCCCAGGACUCGAGAAAAUUAAUCGCCCAUCGGGAGAUCGAGGAAUCUACGUAGGAAGGUCGCAUGGCCACCGCGUUGACGUGUCUACGCGGUUUAUACUCCGUACGAGGAGCGUCGAGCCGCGACGACGUCGUCCAGCGUGUCGUGCACCACAUGAUCGUCGACCAGUGAACGACCUCUCUCGUCUGAGAGAGUUUCGGGAGCUUCCUCCAGAAGCGUCCGCCGAGUGAGAACGCGCGACCGCGUUGUUAACCCGUCCGAGGAAUUUCGGGGGAGUCCCCUAACCCGAACCUCUCUUCUGGAGGGAUCCUGCGGAGAGGCGCCGACCUGGUGGUAUUAAACCUGGCAGAGACUAGUCUCCUCCUCGUCUCUUCUAUUCACAGAGGUAACCCGCAGAAUCUGAGGAUGCGGUGGCGAAUGGAGCGGAGUCGAGGGCGCUGCGUUUGACGAGAAUAUCCAGCGCAGAUCGACGUCGUGCGGCGCACUUGGGCGAACAAAUCUCGACGUCAACUUCGGGGUGAAAAAAAGGAAAAAAACGGGGAGGCCGAGAACCGAGCACAACGAGCGACCGUCAUGGACCUGACGGAGGCUUUCGCGCCGGGAGGCGGCGGCGAGGACCUGCCCAAGACGGACUUCUUCGACUUCGUGGUGUCGCCGCCACCGCAUUGCGCCUCGGCCGAUGGCGUCGUCUCCGACGAGGAGAGUUUCCUGCACCGUGGCGCCGGGAACUGCCGCACCAUAGCCGGCUACCUUCAGCAGAGCCACGAGGACCACGAGAGCACGCACGGCGGCUCGCCCUUCAUCAAGGAGACCAACAACAACACCCUGACGGCGCUGCCGCCCGUCUCGACCAUUACCGGCUCGCUCAGCCACCACCAUCAUCAUCAUCAACAUCAUCACGCGCAUCAUCACGUGCGCGCGCAGCACGGCGGGGUCCAACCUGGUGGAGAAACCACCGCCAUGGAUCAGUCCGAGUGCGACUAUUGGGGUCAGGAGGACGACGGGAAGGAGCAGACGUGCAACAUUCUGUUGGAGGAUCUCAACAAGUACUGCUGGUCCUCGAGCGCGCAUCCCAAUGACAGCGUCAUUCAUUCAGCGACUGGUCCCACGGAUCAUCAUCAAGCUGUCGGCUCAGUCCGUCCUGGUUGUGCUUCCAACGACCGACAGAACACGGACGGUGCUAUCUACACUCUGACGGUGCUGAACAACGAGGCGAACUCGAUGGACGCGUUGGAUUGCUGCAAAAGCCCGGCGCCGGCGUCCGGCGACUCCUGGACCCUGCGACCCAAUCUCGAUCUGGACGCCAUUCUAAGCAUGGAACCGUCCUCGGGCGAGCAGGAGCACGAACAGCAGACCGGCGGCGACGUGUCCAGGAGCGUCAACGACAGGUUUCACGGGCCGGACGGUCGUGGCUUCACCGUACCCUCGUCGCAGUACGCCACCGACGACAGCGGCUUCGUCGAGAGCAAGGAACUGUGCGCGCGCGUGUCCUCGGCCAACUGUUCCGGGGACAACAAUAACGAUUGGAAGCUGUCGGAUCAGAAUCUGCAGGAAGUCGCGGCCGCGGCCGCCGCCGCGGUCGCGGUGGGAGCCGGGGAUUCCGCCGAGAGUCUUCUGAGAAGCGCCCUUCAAGGCAAAUUGUACACCGGAGCGUCCCAAUCGGUCUCCUCCUCGUCACCCGCUUCUCAAACACCCACCAUAUCGAUGCCGGUCCCGGCAAACGCGGCUCUUUUAGUGCCCGAUCAGCCGCAACAGCAGCAGCAACAACAGCAACAGGAGGACUCUAUGCAGACGUGUACCGAUGAGGACCUGUUACUCUCGCAGCUGGACCAGACCACCUACAGACCAGGCGACUACGAGAAGCUGAAAAGCAUCGCCAACGAAGUGGUAGAGUCCUACUGCAGCCUGGAACCGGUCUGCAACGUGUCAGCAACCACUACGGUGAUGUACACGUUGGAUCCCACGAGCGGAAGUCUGGGGACUAUCACGCUACCGGCCGAUCUGGGCCAGGUGAGCACGGUAACGGUGGUCACGGCAGCCCAGCAAGAUGUUCUCCAGCAACAACCGGCCCCACGGACCGACGUAGACCAGCAACAGCAGCAGCAACAGCAGCAACCGAGUCAGCUGCAGCUGACUUCCGCCCGGGUGGGUGUGGGUACCAAACCACCUAAGAAAUACGUCAGACGAGCCAAUCGCAACAACGCAAACGGGGCCAGCAACGGUGGCGCCGGGUCGGAUACCGGCAGCAACGCGAACCAGCAACAGUCGGGUGGCUCCGGUGGAUCGCCCGGAAGCGUGCAGCGCAAGGAGCGUUCCCUGCACUACUGCAGUAUCUGCAGCAAGGGUUUCAAGGACAAGUACAGCGUGAACGUGCACAUCCGGACGCACACGGGCGAGAAGCCGUUCGCCUGCUCGCUCUGCGGCAAGAGCUUUCGCCAAAAGGCCCACUUGGCCAAGCACUACCAGACCCACGUGACCCAAAAACCGGCCGGCAUCCAGCAGACCAGUUCCGGGACCGGCGCGGCCGCCGCCCCCGGGAACAACGGUAAUGCCAGCCCGACGGCGGAGACCAACGCGACCCCACCCGCUGCGUCCUCCGCGAUCGCCAGCAGGACCCAGGUCGCCGUGGACCCCACGGGGACCGCCUGCAGUCCCCCCAGUUAGUUUCGCGAAGCGCGGAGGAGCUUGAUGAUACGCACAUCCGUCCGUAUUCUUCUUCCGUUUCGGAAAAGAGAUAGCAGCCCCGCGGCUGGUUUUCUGCUUUCUCUCGUGUUCUCCAUUUUUUUUUCUUUCUCUCUUUACACGAAUAUAAUUUCCACGAUGGAAACGAGAGCCGAGCUUGCGAGAAAGAGCGAACCAUGACGAGCAAUUAGAUGAACGCAUAUGACGUAUAUGUGUGUGUGUGUUUGUGUGUAUCGGGUGUUCGAAAGCCAACUCGCGUAUAAUAAUCUUGGAAAAUAAUUUUUUCAAGAGACGAAGUUGCUCGAUUCGACGAAGUUUUGAUUUAAUUUGAAUUGAACA